AUGUCCAAAUGGAGGCAGGAUCCAACAGCUGCAUCUAUUUCGGACAGAGACUGCGACACGAGGGAGGGGGAGACUGUAGCCAUGAACUAUAAGCCGUCCCCACUGCAAGUGAAAUUAGAGAAGCAGAGGGAGCUGGCUCGGAAGGGGUCCCUGAAGAAUGGCAACAUGGGAAGCCCAGUUAAUCAGCAGCCCAAGAAGAACAACGUGAUGGCACGAACAAGGCUCGUCGUUCCUAACAAGGGCUAUUCCUCAUUAGACCAGAGUCCAGAUGAGAAGCCACUGGUAGCCCUGGAUACGGACAGUGAUGAUGACUUUGACAUGUCCAGAUAUUCCUCCUCGGGAUACUCAUCAGCUGAGCAGAUCAACCAAGACUUGAACAUCCAGCUGCUAAAGGAUGGGUACCGGCUAGAUGAGAUUCCAGACGAUGAGGACCUGGACCUAAUCCCCCCGAAGUCGGUCAACCCCACCUGCAUGUGUUGCCAAGCCACCUCCUCCCCUGCCUGCCACAUCCAGUAGUGAGGCCGGCGGGCUGUGAUGAUCAGUGCUUUCCACGACAACUGUAAAACUUAACAGCCAUUGCUUCCUCCUAUGGUAGGACGUGCACCUCUUUGUGUUCAUGGAGCCAGGAGAAACC